AUGGGAAAUCAACAAUGUAAGAAUACUCAAGAUGCUAUUAUUCCUAAAACAGACCCAAAUGUCAAAGAAGCAAAAAAGAAAGGUUCUCAUAGGAAAUCAACUUCAAUGCCUGAAGACCAUAUUAUAAAACAAGCAAAAAAAGAAGAGUCUAAGUUUACUUCUAAGAUACCAAAUGUCAGUGAAAAAGAAAUUGAAAAAAAGAAAGAAAAAGCUCAAGAAACAAAGACAAUUCCUAAAAUAAUCAUUAAAUAUACUAAAGAAGAUGAAACUAAAUGCAGACCAUUAAUUAGUGAAGUAAGUGAUUCACAGUUAAUAGCAGUAAAUCACAACAAAAAGAAAAGAUCAAUGAGUGAGAGUAAUAAUCCAGAAAUAAAAAUGAAAAAUGAUUUUCAAAGUGAAGGUCUUUUUAAUUUAUCAUUACUGAUUAAUGAUGGUGGUGGUGAUAUAGACAAAUUUAAGAAAGUAACAACACUAAAAAUUCCACAAAUAUUAUAUAAUUCAAAAACAGAUAAACUUUGUGCAGAAACAUUUAAUAACGCUAUUUGUGGUAAAGGUAAUAUUAUGAUUAUUGUCAUGACAGAAGACUCUGAUAUCUUUGGAUGUUUCCAAAAAGAACCACUUCCUUUUUCAAAUGAAUAUACUGUAAAAGCAGAAAGUACAGAUGACUUCUUCUUAUUUGGAUAUAAUAAUUAUACAAAUAAUCCAAUUUAUAGAAAAGGAAAUUGUAUAAGAACAAUAGACAUCCAUCCAAAUUCUGAUAAACGUUUUGUAUUUACUUGUUUUUCUGCUUUCUGGGUUCUUUCAGAUGGAAUUGCAUAUAUCCAUCAAGGAUUUAAACAAAUUUAUGAUGUUUCUCCGAGUACUAUAAAUCCAUUUACAUCAAAGAAUUUAUUAAGCCCAAUAAAGUUAGAUUCUCUCUUAGUAGUAUAUUGGAAAUGA